UGUGGGUUCGUUCCUGGCUGUCCUCCCACGUACAAAAAAGGAUAACAAGGAUGAGCCUUUGUUAUCCAGUGCGUUUUUGCAGUCAGUUCUUACUGAAGCCAAGCCAAGUUGGUCCAAGGGAAAACAAAGCUGCAGGAAACAUGGACCUUUCUUACACCUUCUUGAAAAUGCAAGUCAUGUUGCCUAGGAAAUCCUUCUGUCCCCUAGCGUGCUGCACACCGCCAGCACUGGAGCUAUGGAAGAGGCCGCUGAAGUUAUUCCAAGAAAGCGUUGGAAGUUUGGUAAUGAAAGGAAGUGUCAUUUCUCCCCUGCCUCGAGGCUGGGUUUCUGGGAGUGCACAUGGCCAAAAGGAAACUGUGCUCAGCUUUGGGAGGUGACUGUGUGCCGGGCUCCUGCACACGCUGGCCGGGUGUCCUGGCAGGGCUGGGUGAGGGCACGCGUGGGGCCGUGUGCAGAGAUUCCCAGGGCCGAAAGAAGUGUGGUGAGUGAGAGGGUGCCAAUUGGUUGGAAGGAUGUAGGUAAACAAGAGUAAAUAUACAUACAGCAGUGUACAGCCUGCCCAAGUUCAGAAGCUGGCUGCUAGACUUGGCCGGCAGCCUCUCCCCCGCUGGCUCCAGAGCAGAGGGGAAUCUGCAGGACUGACAGAUCACAGGUGCCACCCCCUGCUAGUUAGGAGGACACUUUUAAAGCAUUUCCUUCUCACUCGACCAGGUAGUCUGGUGAGGGUGAACAGCUUGCUUGAAUGGUGGGUAAAGGUGUGACCGUGGACAUAGCGAUGGAGAAAGCCGGGGGUGACACGCCCGGGAGCCCUGAGCCGUCCUUCCUGGCGACUCUGGGUGACCCACAGGUGACCCUCGUGUCCGUCCACAAGCGGUGGUCCUUCAGGAGGAAUCCUGGGACCGGGGGCUCCACCAGGCCAGUGGCUUCGGAGGAGGAAGGAGAGUUUUCACAGAAGGUUUUGAAUGGAACACGGGGAAUCCGUUCCAAUCAGAUCCUGUCUAAACAUUCUUUGCCCGCUCGUGUCUGGGAGCCAGCAAUGCAGCAGAAGCAGAGUUUCGCCUUUGACAAUGUUGGCUACGAGGGUGGUCUGGACAGCGUGUGCCCCUCUCAGACGACCACCGGCACCAUCAGCAUUUCGGGCAUGACUUGCCAGUCGUGUGUAAAGUCUAUCGAGGGCAGGAUUGCGAGUUUGAAAGGCAUCGUGAGCAUUAAGGUUUCCCUGGAACAAGGCAGCGCGACUGUGAGCUAUGUGCCGUCGGUCCUGAGCCUGCCGCAGGUAUGCCGUCACAUCGAGGACAUGGGCUUCGAGGCCAGCAUCACAGAAGGAAAGGCCGCCUCCUGGCCCUCGAGAUCCUCGUCUGCCCUGGAGGCCACGGUCAAGCUUCGGGUGGAGGGCAUGACCUGCCAGUCCUGUGUCAGCUCCAUCGAAGGCAGGCUGGGGAAGCUGCAAGGGGUAGUGAGGGCCCGGGUCUCCCUUGGCACCCAGGAGGCAGUCAUUACUUACCAGCCUUAUCUCAUUCAGCCCCAAGACCUCAGGGACCACGUAAACGACAUGGGAUUUGAAGCUGUCAUCAAGAGCAGAGUGGCACCCGUAAGCCUGGGACCGAUUGAUAUUGGGCGGCUACAGAGGACCAACCCAAAGACCCCUUUGACGUCUGGUACCCAGAAUCUCAAUAACUCUGAGACCUUGGGGCACCAAGGGAGCCGUGUGGUCACCCUGCAACUGAGAGUAGAUGGAAUGCACUGUAAAUCUUGUGUCCUGAAUAUUGAAGAAAAUAUAGGUCAACUCCCAGGUGUUCAAAGUAUUCAAGUGUCCUUGGAGAACAGAAUUGCCCAAGUACAGUUUGACCCUUCUCGUGUCACCCCCGGGGCCCUGCAGAGGGCCAUUGAGGCUCUUCCUCCUGGGAACUUUCAAGUUUCUCUUCCUGAUGGAGCAGCAGGGAGUGGCACAGAUAACAGGCCUUCCACGCAUCUCGCCCCCGCCCCCGCCCAGGGAACCCGGAUGCAGGGCCUGUGCAGUACCGUGGUGCUUGCCAUUGGUGGCAUGACCUGUGCGUCCUGCGUCCAGUCCAUCGAAGGCGUGCUCUCCCGCAGGGAAGGGGUGCAGCGAGUAUCAGUCUCUCUGACUGAAGGGACUGGAGUGGUGCUCUAUGAUCCCUCUGUAAUUAACCCGGAAGGACUCCGAGCUGCUGUUGAAGAAAUGGGAUUCAAGGCGUCAGUCGUUUCUGAAAACUGUUACAGCAACCAUGUUGGGAACCGCAGCGCAGGUAAUUCCACAGUGCACACCACAGCUGGCGGACCUGUGUCUGUGCAGGGAACGGCUCCCCAUGCUGGGGGGCUCCCUAAGAACCACAACCCCGGCAGCUCGUCAAAGUCCCCGCAGGCCUCUACAGCAGUGGCACCACAGAAGUGCUUUUUACAGAUCACAGGCAUGACCUGUGCAUCCUGUGUGUCUAACAUAGAGAGAAACCUUCAGAAAGAGGCAGGUAUUCUCUCGGUGCUGGUCGCCUUGAUGGCUGGAAAGGCAGAGAUUAAAUACAAUCCGGAAGUCAUCCAGCCGCUGGAGAUAGCUCAGCUCAUCCAGGACUUGGGCUUUGAGGCUGCAGUAAUGGAAAACUACACAGGCUCAGAUGGUGACCUCGAGCUGAUCAUCACGGGCAUGACCUGUGCAUCCUGCGUUCACAACAUAGAGUCCAAACUCACCAGAACGAACGGCAUCACCUACGCCUCUGUGGCCCUUGCCACCAGCAAAGCCCACGUGAAGUUUGAUCCUGAAAUGAUUGGUCCGCGGGAUAUUGUCAAGAUUAUCGAGGAAAUCGGCUUUCAUGCUUCCCCGGCCCAGAGAAACCCCAACGUGCAUCACUUGGACCACAAGGUGGAAAUAAAGCAGUGGAAGAAGUCUUUUCUGUGCAGCCUGAUGUUUGGCAUCCCUGUCAUGGGUUUAAUGAUCUAUAUGUUGGUGCCCAGCAAUGAGCCCCACGAGACAAUGGUCCUGGACCACAACAUUGUUCCAGGACUGUCCAUUCUAAAUCUCAUCUUCUUUAUCCUGUGCACCUUCGUCCAGCUCCUUGGCGGGUGGUACUUCUACAUCCAGGCCUACAGAUCUCUGCGGCAUGGGGCGGCCAACAUGGACGUGCUCAUCGUGCUGGCCACGAGCAUCGCCUAUACCUACUCAGUCAUCAUCCUGGUGGUGGCCGUGGCUGAGAAGGCGGAGAGAAGCCCCGUGACCUUCUUUGACACCCCCCCCAUGCUCUUUGUGUUCAUUGCCCUGGGCCGGUGGCUGGAACACGUGGCGAAGAGCAAAACCUCAGAAGCCCUUGCCAAACUCAUGUCUCUCCAAGCCACAGAAGCCACCGUUGUGACCCUUGGCGAGGACAACUUGAUCAUCAGAGAGGAGCAAGUACCCACGGAGCUGGUGCAGCGGGGCGACGUCAUCAAGGUCGUCCCCGGCGGAAAGUUCCCGGUGGAUGGGAAAGUCCUGGAAGGCAGUACCAUGGCUGAUGAGUCCCUCAUCACAGGAGAAGCCAUGCCUGUCACUAAGAAACCCGGAAGCACAGUGAUUGCUGGGUCUAUAAACGCACAUGGCUCUGUGCUCAUUAACGCCACCCACGUGGGCAAUGACACCACUUUGGCUCAGAUUGUGAAAUUAGUAGAAGAGGCUCAGAUGUCAAAGGCACCCAUUCAGCAACUGGCUGACCGGUUUAGUGGAUAUUUUGUCCCAUUUAUCAUCAUCAUUUCCACGUUGACGUUGGUGGUAUGGAUUAUAAUCGGUUUUAUCGAUUUUGGUGUUGUUCAGAAAUACUUUCCUACCCCCAACAAGCACAUCUCCCAGACAGAGGUGAUCAUCCGGUUUGCGUUCCAGACAUCCAUCACGGUGCUCUGCAUUGCCUGCCCCUGCUCGCUGGGCUUGGCCACACCCACGGCGGUCAUGGUGGGCACCGGGGUGGCCGCCCAGAAUGGCAUCCUCAUCAAGGGAGGCAAGCCUCUGGAAAUGGCCCACAAGAUAAAGACUGUGAUGUUUGACAAAACUGGCACCAUUACCCACGGGGUCCCCAAGGUCAUGAGGGUCCUCCUGCUCGCGGAUGUGGCCACGCUGCCCCUCAGGAAGGUUCUUGCUGUGGUGGGGACUGCGGAGGCCAGCAGCGAGCACCCCCUGGGUGUGGCAGUCACCAAGUACUGUAAAGAGGAGCUGGGAACAGAGACCUUGGGGUACUGCACAGACUUCCAGGCGGUGCCAGGCUGCGGAAUUGGCUGUAAAGUCAGCAACGUGGAGGGCAUCGUGGCCCAUGGCAAGCGCCAGUGGAGCACACAGGCUGGGGUCUCAAACGGCGUUGGCGGUGUCCCUGAGGAGACAGAUGCAACCCCCCAGACCUUCUCUGUGCUGAUUGGGAACCGCGAAUGGAUGAGGCGCAAUGGCUUAACCAUUUCCAGCGACAUCAGUGACACUAUGACAGAUCACGAGAUGAAAGGCCAGACAGCCAUCCUGGUGGCCAUUGAUGGCGUGCUCUGCGGGAUGAUUGCCAUCGCGGAUGCUGUCAAGCAGGAGGCAGCCCUGGCCGUGCACACGCUGAAGAGCAUGGGCGUGGACGUGGUUCUGAUCACUGGGGACAACCGGAAGACCGCCAGAGCCAUUGCCACCCAGGUUGGCAUCAACAAAGUCUUUGCAGAGGUGCUGCCUUCUCACAAGGUGGCCAAGGUCCAGGAGCUCCAGAAUGAAGGGAAGAGAGUCGCCAUGGUGGGAGAUGGGGUCAACGACUCGCCGGCCUUGGCCCGGGCCGACGUGGGCAUUGCCAUCGGGACAGGCACAGAUGUCGCCAUUGAGGCUGCUGACGUUGUCCUCAUCAGAAACGACUUGCUCGACGUGGUAGCAAGCAUUCACCUCUCCAAGAGGACCGUCUGGAGAGUACGACUCAAUCUGGUGCUGGCAUUGAUUUAUAAUCUGAUCGGGAUACCCAUCGCAGCAGGGGUCUUCAUGCCCAUCGGCAUCGUGCUACAGCCGUGGAUGGGCUCAGCGGCCAUGGCGGCCUCCUCCGUGUCUGUGGUUCUCUCGUCGCUGCAACUCAAGUGCUAUAAGAAGCCCGACCUGGAGAGGUAUGAGGCCCAGGCCCAGGGCCACAUGAAGCCCCUGACUGCGUCCCAGGUCAGCGUGCACGUUGGCAUGGAUGACCGGCGACGGGACUCACCGAGGGCCACGCCCUGGGACCAGGUCAGCUACAUCAGCCAGGUGUCUCUGUCCUCACUGAAGUCGGACAGGCUGUCUCGGCACAGUGCUGGGGCUGACGACAAUGGGGACAAAUGGUCUCUGCUCCUGAAUGACAGAGAUGAGGAGCAGUGCAUCUGAAAGCUCCGGGCGGGUACGGUCCCGGGGCUCGGUCUCCUUGCUGAAUAGUCGGGCCGGCUUUCCUGGUAGACGAGGCUCGGGCCGGUCAAGUGCAGCACCAGCAGCAAGACGGACGAGGCUCCUGUCCGGCCUUGGGGACUUCCGCUCGCUGGACAUUCCUGGUCAUCUCUCCUAGCACAUGCCGCAUCCAGACGUGGCCCCUGGGUCGGCCCACCCUGCCUAGAUCCCACUCGCACAGGGGCCAGGCAUCCUGGCCAGACCCUGCUGUUGGCACGGGCUUAUCGGGAACGUGGCUGGACUCUCGCAGAGGAGGGGACAGCCAGCCCUCCGCGCAGGCCUCUGCUUUUGUAUUUGGGAUGAUUGCUUGUAAAAGGACCAAAAACUUGGCUGGGCCUUUCCUUGAAACUCACGAAAAGCCAUGAGUUUUGACAAGACCCACACGCAUCGAGUAUCUGAGACCGCAGUUUACCUCAAAUGCACCCCACUGACUUCUGCCGGCACGGUCUCUUCCUUUUCUGUUCCUCACACUGGGGAUGUGCCGCCCCCCCCCCCCCCCCCCGAGGCCCUGCCCGGUCUCUGAAGGUACGGCUGAUGCCGUAGUGAUCCCUGCGGCUGCUCCUGGGCACUUCUGCCACAAUCUGUUCCCUCACAUGCUUGGCCGGAGAGCCUGCCAUGCUUCUCUUCAGGUUGAGGAGAGUUUUCUUUCUUGCUAGUGUGCCGCUUGGCCACAGAGUCCUGGCCACGUGCUCAGCGGCCACGGUGGCCUCCUCCGUGUCUGUGGUUCUCUCGUCGCUGCAGCUCAAGUGGUGAGUCCCGUGGGGCGGGAGCGUGCACCACAGGCGGCACCCACUGGGCCGUCUCCCCCACAGAAUGGCCUGCUGUUGUGGAUUGUCGCUGCCCCACUGGAGGGAGGGUCUCAGAGCCUGAGACCUGAGAAAUUCUGCUCCCUGUGGGGUCCAGGCACUUGGGACCCUGGGAGGCCUGUGGUGCUUGAAAUGGGUGUCCCACGGGGAGGUGUGUGCGCUCACAGGAACCUCCUUGCAGGCCUCCGGGAGCUUCAACUUAAGUGGUCUGCUGCGUGACCGUCACCUCGUGGCAUUCAUUCAGAACUCCUGCCAGGCGUGCCCCUGGUGGUGUGCAACUCCAAGCAAACAACGAUACCCAAAUCAGAGGAAAUCAGUUAUUCUCCAUGAGCUCCUACUUCUGCACCCUGAGUCAGUGCCUUAGGAAAGCAGUCACCACACCUUCCCCGAGGGACAGUCUUUCACACUUUGAGUGGCUCUUUGUGGUGGGGCAGGAAUGGGGCCAGUUUUAGACUCUAAAGUCGGUGGUAGUUGACAGAACUACAUGGGAGUAGACGAGUAGGAUGAAAUAAAUUUUAAGGUAGAGCCCUGAUCGCAUACACAGAAUAAUUUUAUUUAUUGAGUAUCAGUUAUUUUUCAGGGACAAUAUAAGCACUUUCUAUAGGUUACCUCUAAUCCUCCCAGCAUACCAGCAAAGCAGAUACUAUUGUCCACAUUUUAUAGGCGGGGCAGUAGGCCCAGAGAGGCUGUGUAUCCUGUCCAGGAUCACACAGCCAGCACACUUGCCAAAACGGGGAUCCAAAUCCAUGUCUCUUGGCUCUGAAAUCUUUUCUUUAUUGCCACUGCCACCCGAUUAUCAGUUUGGUAAGAAUCAAUAGGAAAAGGGCACUUGGCUCUUAGAAGAACAAAGCUGCUAGGCAAUAUACUCAUUGUUAUCAACUGGGCAUGAAAUUUGACCGUGGGGUCAACUUACUCACCUUCUCCUUGGAUGGUUUGUUUCCAUUUUCGCAUAUGAUUCCAUUUUGUUGGGUCUUGCCCUCUAAAAUGCAAGUGCAGGGUUCUGUAGUGCCUCUAUCAUUUUCAGUCUUCCUCUCCUCCCAGGCCCCUUCCCGUUCUUCCCUUCCUUUAUUCCUGGCUGUGCUUGGGAGUGUUUCUUGUUUUCUUAACUAGGUUAAUCAUUGUCUAAAGAAUCUAACUGCAUUGAUUUUUUUUCAAAGGCUUUUAGGACCAUAAACAUCAUGUGUAUAUGGCCAUGAAAAUAUUUAUAUAAUUGCACAGAAUGUAACCUUUAGAUGUUCAAGGGGUAAGGAUUUUUGUGUGCGUCAGAUAAGAGCAGUCCCUAUUCCAAAAACUUUCCAUGCUGCAUUAGAAUAAAGUUUAUUUUUAUUCAUCUGAAA